AUGUCUUCGACUAAAACCUCCUCCAUACUAACAGUCUCGUUUACUAAGUCGAUCCCUCGGACUCUUUUCUUUGGGUGUUGCGAUUCACGAGCUUUCUUGCCGUCCGGGGACGAAGUUACCUCAGGUGGACGACGGACACCAGCAGUAGGGUCCGGUGGUUUUGGCUCCUCCGGCGCAGCGCCUGGGGGUACCGGCGACGGCGUCGCCGCCAUCGUGGAGCUAGCCAACUGGGAGAAACCCUAG